GUGCAGCUUAUAGUGAGAGAUCCAGUGAAAUGGCCAGACAACAUGAGCCAAGACUGCCUGAGUUUUCUGAAGGGACUGCUGAUGAAAGACCCAGAGAAGAGGUUGUCAUGGCCUGACCUGCUUCAUCACCCUUUUGUUGCAGAUGGAGUUUUGACGGUGUCAGACGAGGGUUCAAGCAACCCUCUGACAGUCCCACCCAGCCCGGACCUACAGGCCCUGAAACACCAGCAGGCUGCAGAGAAGACAACGACACGCGGUGGAGAGGGCAAACUACUGUGCAAAGCUAGAGAGCUACCAGAGAAAGAGAAGAUUUACAGACAGGUCUUGUUUUACUAG